GGUGGCAGGAAUGCUCCAAGUACCUAGUUUGCGAACCUCAAAUAAAAGAUCAUGAAGAAGAAAGGCUGGCGCUGUCGAUUGGUUACGUCUUGGUCAUGUGACUUUACUUGUUGCAGCUAUGACAACGAAUUUUGAAAGUUGGUUGAACGUUUUAUGUUGGAAUGAGGCUCUGCCACUGAAGUGAAGCAAAUGUCUCUAAAAUGUACCGUAUAUUUGGACAUCCAUACAGUCACAUGUCCAGGAGUGGUGCUCCACCAAAAGGGUGAUAUUUACCUCGGUGUGCGCAUCGUGGGCCAGUACAGGAAGACCUGCUGUUUGCCUCCCAUCUUCCCUUUGCCCUUCCAUCAUAGAAUGGUCUUUGACAAGAUGUUUCCUGGUGUGGUUGACCCUGCUGAUGUAGCUGACCUUCUCGGAGCUGACACCACAUCUUUUGAGCUGAUUCAGUUGGUGCCUCCAGAGGGUGAGAUCCUGGCCACAAUGGAGGAAAACAGCAGAGAGUUCCUGUAUCCACGUCCCAGGCGAAAAUCUACAAAAGGAGCUCCACAGAGAGAGAUCCUAAUGAAGAGGACCUCAUCUUUCCCUGGAAUCUCCCCCGAAGUGGAGUUUGCGGUGACAUCCGUCAUCGAACAGAAUGACGGGAAAGACAGCUGCUCCGCCUCACCUACUCACCAGAUUUCUGCAGCGAAGACGCCUCUACCUGCAUCCAAACAGAACCCAGCAAAAAUGACUUCACCCUCUAAAGCACUUCAUCAGUUGCCAUCCUGGUACUAUUUUUCUACAAAAGACGAUGGGAACUGUGGCUGUGUGAAAGGUGGGAAUGAAACUUUAGAUGGUGAGGCCAGAAAGCAGUCAUCACCUUCAGUCAGACUCCCUCCUUCUUCACACUCAUCUGGUCACAAGAGCAGGACAAAUAAGAAGAAAAAACCACAGCCUACAGAGUCUGGUUAUCAGCAACCCACAGUUUCUUCCACAGCUCGUGCCCUGUCCCCAUACACUCACCGUAAGAUGUGUGAGCUUUCUGAGGAUGCCAUGCAAAGACUCAGCCACCUCCAGCUGGGACCUCACCACUUCAAGAAGGAAGUGCUCAGUCUGCCACCAUUUUUGGUUCCUCACUGCCAUAGUGCCUCUUGUUUGGGAACUCCUUCUUGCCACCAUCUGUUGUCUCAUCAGAACAGUCGUGUGCAUCGUCGCUGCGUCAGGUUUGCAUCUGAUCACACGGAUUCUGGACCAGUUAAGCCUACUUGGAGAAAAUCCACCUGCAGGUCUAAAGGAGAAUUGACCAGAACCACCAAGUAACCACCUCUGACCUUUAAGUUGCUGACUAACACGUCGGUGUUAAAUCCAGUCUGAUAAUGCAGAAUUCAGGGAUAAAAGAAAACGUUCCAGAUUUUACCUGCACCAUGCUUUCUCUGGACACGAGUUCAUGUGAUUCAUUGAUCGACAGGAAAGCAAACAGUCAUCAUUCUGACAGUUGAUUCAUCAUUUAAUUAGGAAGAAAAAUGCCAAAUAUAUUGAUUCUUUUCUCCAGUGUGAAGAUUUUACUUUUUCUCAGUUACAUCACUGUAAAUUAAAUAUUUUAAAGAUUUCUGACUUUUGGUCAAAUAUGACUUUUUUUUUAAAGGUGUUUCACUGGGUGUAUAUCGCAUUUUUUUUUUUUAUUUUAUUACUGAUAACACACACUCAUUACUUAGAAUUUCAUCAGUCCUGCAGUCAGGCCAUCUCACAUAUGCGCUCGAUAUUUUUUAAGAUUCAGAAUGAUUCAAACACCUGUCGAGCCAAGUUUGCUGCGUUUACGCUGAGAUUUUGAAGGAUUGUGUUGUGGAAUGUUAGCUGUACCGCCUCCCACCCACCAGUCAGCUGGGCUGUUUUAAACCACCCUGAUGGAGAAACCAAGCGUCUAAUUUCUCUAAAGCAGUGUGUGAAAUUGGCUCGGGGAGGAAAAAGCAGCAACAUUUUGUGUGUGGGAAGGAGACGGUGUGGAUGUAAGCUGCAGCUGUUAAGGACUCAGCUCUCAACACACAAAGAAGACAAGAAGGUAGCCGAGAGCCACCGCUGUCAGCCAGCGGCGACACAAGAGCAGAUUUAACAGAGCAAGAACAAAACUAAUCUGAUCCAAAGGUGUGGCAGACGCUAACAUUUAGUAAUAACAUUAAAUCAUCCUGUUCUAAAAUGCUGACUGAAAUGUCUUUAGAAUACAGUCUGUGGGCACGAGUGCUUAACUUUAUAAUGCGUUUCAUCUGUACAGGUGUUCAUUUAGCGGUUGUAGCUGAGCAACGUUGUUAGUAAACCUCGGUCAUUGUUACAGCAGGUACGCUGAUACCUCACUAUAGACAGAAACCAGCAAAAUACAGCUGUAAUUCAGCUCAUUUUAGUGAUUACAUAGAGUUUGUAAUAAAUGCUUAUUUUUUUUGUCACUGAAAUCUGUCUUUCGAACAUGAACAUCAUUUAUGUUACCAGUAAAUGCAGCAUUAUGCAUUAAGUAAAUGAAGUGUUAACUGUUUAGUCAUCAUUUAUUAAUGAUGUUCAAUAAUAUAGUAAUAAGAAUUAACAGUAAUUUAACAAUGUUUACUAAUCCUUUAUUAAUGGUGUUCGAUAAUUCAGUAAUAAGACUCAACGGCCAUUUAACAAUAUUUAGUAAUCAUUUAUUAAUAGUGUUCAGUAUAUUGGUAAGUUGUUAAACAAAUUAGUAUCUUAGUUAACACGAACACCCUUAAUAAAUGGUUACUAAACAGUGAUGUUUCAAUUCACUUUUACUUUAUAAACAACAGUAAUGAGCAUUAUCACUUAUGUUUAGUGUAUCUUAAUAAAUUAAUUGUACAAAUUAUGAGGUUAACAUGAACACCCUUAAAUGAUUACUAAAAAUUGGCAAUUCAGUAAAUCAAGAAGUUUCUCUUGUGUGAUUUGAUAAGCCAGUAACUGAACCAGACUUGCACUGAAAUGGGUGAAAGGUUCGGCCUGGCAUAGAAUAGAGACCCUCAAUUUUUUUGGUUAACUGUGGAUAAUGAAGGGGUGUGGCAGCAGAGUCUACAUUCUUGUGUGUAAUGGAUACACUGUAUAUUAUGAAGGGAGAUGCUUUGUUACAAAACUAUUUUUUAAUGGCCUUUUGCAUUUUUACAGGGGCACAUUGAAGCUUUUGCAGUGACAAUACAGCAUGUACCUGUAUAUGUAGAACCAUAGAGUUACAUAUAUGAAAGCUAGCAUGUACACUCCCUAUACCACUAAUGUUAACGCUGCCUACAUGGGGGCACAGCCACAAUUACCAAAGAGGGCAAAAAGUACGACGUACCCAGAUGUGCAACGAAUGAAUGAAUGAAUACGGAGGCCAGACCCAAGACAGACACAACUGUUUGCCCUCUUUGGUAAUAAUGACACAUCAUGCUCCUUGCCAGCACAUGGCCAGGCGUAAGUCUGCCCUCUAGCUUUCAUAUAUGUACCUAUGUGUAGAACACACUUGGGAGCUCAACAAGUUUGUUGUAAGUCUCCUACAAAUGAAAUAUGGCCUUCACUAAAGUGAACUACCACUUUAGUUUGAAAUUAUAUAUUUUUAAAAAGGCUCACUUUAAGUUUCUCAUUGAAGUAGCAGAUUGUCAUCUACCAAACUCGUGCAUAAUUAUUUUAAAAUUGAGUUUAUUUUAUUGUGUUGUAUGUAUCUGUGUACUUUUUCUUUAACUGUUCAAUUUGAAGUGAUUUUUAUAAACUGAUACAAAAGUUGAUAGUCAUAAUAAAUUACAGUGCACUUUG